UUGGGUAUCGGAAGCUGUGGGACAGACCUCCCGGCGGUGCCUUCCCAGGGACAAGCUUCUGCGCUUUUUAAGGUCAAGUUUCCAUGCCGCAGAGCUGACCGGGACGUCCCCCUGGCGAGGUGGCAGCGCCUCUCCGGCUGGCUGGAAACCUCCGAGGAUCCGAGCCAAGAGAUCUGGACUCUCAAAAUGAAGACAUUCAAAUGUUGUUUUAAAUACCCAGCACAGCAGAAAGUUUUCAUCUUGUUUGUAACUCUAUGGCUGUUCUCCUUGUUGAAGCUUCUAAAUGUGAGGAGCCUCCUCUUCCCUCAAAGAGGCAUUUACUUGGUUGAAUCCUCCCUGAGUACCUCACCUUUUGUAAGGAACAGAUACACCAAUGUGAAAAAUGAAGUCAGGUAUGAAGUUAACUGUUCAGGUGUCUAUGAACAGGCACCUUUGGAAAUUGGCAAGAGUCUGGAAAUAAGAAGGAGAGACAUCAUUGACUUGGAUGAUGAGGAUGUUGUGGCGAUAACCAGUGACUGUGACAUUUAUCAGACCCUGAGAAGGUACCAUCAAAAGCCUGUUUCAAGGGAGGAGCAGAGCUUCCCAAUAGCCUAUUCUUUGGUCGUUCAUAAAGACGCCAUUAUGGUUGAAAGGCUACUUCAUGCCAUAUACAACCAGCACAAUAUUUACUGCAUCCAUUAUGACCAUAAGUCACCUGAUACCUUCAAAGUUGCCAUGAACAAUUUAGCUAAGUGCUUCCCCAAUGUUUUCAUUGCCUCCAAAUUAGAGACAGUACAAUAUGCACACAUUUCCAGACUCCAAGCUGAUCUGAAUUGCUUGUCAGACCUCCUCAGGUCCUCGGUUCAGUGGAAAUAUGUUAUCAAUCUGUGUGGGCAAGAUUUUCCUUUGAAGUCAAACUUUGAAUUAGUGUCAGAGUUAAAGAAACUCAAUGGAGCAAAUAUGUUAGAAACGGUGAAACCCCCUAACAGUAAAAUGGAAAGAUUCACUUACCACCAUGAACUCAGACAGGUGCCUUAUGAAUAUGUGAAGCUACCAAUAAGGACAAACAUCUCCAAGGAAGUCCCUCCUCAUAACAUUGAGAUAUUUGUGGGCAGUGCUUAUUUUGUUUUAAGUCGAGCAUUUGUUAAAUAUAUUUUCAACAACUCCCUUGUUAAAGACUUUUUUGCCUGGUCUAAAGAUACAUACUCGCCUGAUGAACAUUUUUGGGCUACCUUAAUUCGGGUACCAGGAAUACCUGGGGAGAUUUCUAGGUCAGCCCAGGAUGUGUCUGACUUACAGAGUAAGACCCGCCUUGUCAAAUGGAACUAUCACGAAGGGCUUUUGUAUCCCCGUUGUACCGGCUCCCACCUUCGCAGUGUGUGUAUCUUUGGAGCAGCAGAAUUAAGGUGGCUUAUAAAUGACGGACAUUGGUUUGCUAAUAAAUUUGAUUCUAAGGUGGAUCCUGUCUUGAUUAAAUGCCUGGCAGAAAAGCUUGAAGAGCAACAGAGACAAUGGAUUACUUUGUCUUCAAAAAAGUUCCUUAUGGCUAAAAAUCCCGUAAUCACAUCAUGAUAAAAUCAUGAUAGAAAGAAAGUAUCCGAUAAAUAGAGCUCAUGUGGACUUGUGUGUUAUACCACGCCCAGUACCAUUCGAGCUUAACCUCCUCAUAGUUUGCGAGGUGUCCAAAAUUCCAUGCACAAAGGCCACAAUUAGCCUGCAUUUGGUUGGGUGUUUUCUGUUUUUCCUUGUAACCUUAUGGAGCUAAAUCAGAGAUUUUAAACAGUCCAUCAUCAGAGCUCAGUAACUACUCAUACUGAGUUCCAACUAUAUGCCAGGUACUUUUAUAGAAAUGUGUAGGAAUCAAGUUCAAAUUGUAAUGAGUUAUACAAUGCCUUCAAGGCUUGCCCUAGUUACACAGCAACCUUAAUAUCUUAAGUUUUCUGCAUAGCAGUCAGGAUUCUACUGAAAAGGUGUUGGAGUGUGGGAUAAUCACAUAACCAUUGAAACCACCAAUUUCAGGGUAGUGUUUAAGUAUAGUGACCAACACUCCACUUGUCUCUUAAUUCAGCUCCCUAGACUUUUCUUAACCAUUAGAAUAUUAGGAGAAACUCCACUACCUCAGGAAAGCUCAAAGAAUUGUCCAAUUUCCUGCUUGCCAAAGCAUAUUUUCCUAUUGGUGCCUCACCCUUUCAAUUCAGAGUCAGAAGACUCUGUUGGCGGGGCAUAUAGUGUGUGAAUGUUAGGGAGGCGGGGGUGGGGCGGCAGGUACUGGGACAGGUGGUGCCUGAAGAGAAACAAAGGGAUUUAUAGGACUUUAGAAUCAUGUUGCACAAUGGUUUCAUGAAUGGUCUCUUUUUUAAUUCAAUUAGCUCUUUUAAAAUUAUUGAUUAAAAAUAAGAACUUGAUUAAUAAUUCAAAGUGUUACACUCCCGAACGUUGAACUUAAGUCUUCUAGCUCAUAGAUUAUCAUUAUAUGUAGGUUUUUUACAGUGGAGUUAGUGUAAUUUUGUGUUAUGGAACCAUUAACCUAAGAGUCACUGAAUUCAGGGGAUUCUGUUAACACAUCUGAAGUUCUUUUUAAGCCAACAGGAUCAGCACAUCGAUCCAGUGGCUUGGAUCAAUUUUUUUCUGCCUUCUAGGCUUCAACACAAGGUCCCGCUGAAAUCUUGGUUUUUAUGCCUUUGGCCAUCAGAAUAAAUGAAAAGUAAAUAUCGAUCUCCUGUCCAGUGUCUUGCCUCCUGGUGAGAAAUGAUUCUAUCCCUGGAAAUUUUCCAGUUGUUAAUUACUUUCAUGCCAUAUUCCAAUGAAACAUGGUCCCAUGAAGAUAUGGCAGUGCCUUCUUGUCCCCAUUGAACCCAUUUCCUGGGAUUCAGUUCAACAUUUCAGGGAGCUUGUCGGGUCAUCUCUUUUGCCUUGGGAAUCCUGCAGUUUCCUUACAUGUCUUUGAACCUCCUUCAGACCUGAUUAAAACCUUUUGGUAUGAUUUUUUUCUGGUCUAGAAAAUGUUCUACAGUCUGUGUUCUAUAAUCAUCCUUUGCAUAGUAUUUAUUGAAUCUAGAUUCUAAGUUAUUUGGCAAUGAGACCAGGACCUUGAGGUUUGUAAAUUGUAUUAGAUAGUAAUAAUGAAGGAGCUACUAAUAUAGAUCUACAUUAUGUGAACAAUCUACUAUAACAUUAUAAUAUUUAAAGAUCAAUGUUGCUGCUAUUUUUAAUGUUUUCGUUAUUCUAAGUGGAAAAAAAUAUGUAUAUAUAUAUACACAAAUAAAAUGUUUAAAUUUACAGAGUUAAAUCUGAAGAUUUCUCUUGCCUUCCAGAAUGUGAAUAUUAUAUAGACACAUAUAUAUAUAUAUUUUUGACAUAUUUCAUGAAAACAAAAAUGACAAUUUUCUUUGAGAAUGGAAAGUGAAUGUACUAUAUGUAUGUUACAGCUGUUUUUGUUGUUUUUUUUUACCAUUUUUGAAAGACAUAUUUCCCAUUAUAGGAGUUUUAAAUAGAUUGAUGUUGCAUUUUGGUAUUAUGCUGCUAGCAGAUGUUAAUUCUCUCGGAUUGUAAAGUAAAAUAUGGUCCGAAAAUGAAACCCCUGGAAUUCGUGAUGUUUCCUUUCUCUCCUGGUACUGGUUCCCCACAAAGACUCUUUCCAUUUAUGACACUUGCCCAGUAUUUGAAGAGCACAGUUAAUUUCACUUCAGAGUUAAAGAAUUCGUCGUGUGUAUAAUACACAAAAUAUGGGCACCUGAAAUUGAAGUUUAAUUUGAAGGACUCUUUCAGGAUCUGUCUUCAUUCUCCUCCAGAUUGACUUCUCUUCUAAGAUGAAUUAUCCAAACGAGUAUUCCUGGGUGCUGGAUUACUUUGUGGAAGUUAUAGAUAGGGGAGAUCGAGUUCUUCAUGUCAGGUCCCUUGGUCCCUGGAGAAUCAAGCCUCUUCUCUCCACACCAGGACCCCUGCCUUGGGGUGAGUCCCCUGGGCCCUUAGGUUUGGUUGGUGGCUGAUUCCUGAUGAACUUCCCCUCUGUUCUGAAUAUCACCACCUUUCCUACCUCUGCUAAACUAAGGACUAUUUCAUACGGCUGAUCUCUGUGCCUCCCACCCACUCGGAAAAUGCCGCUGACCAGUGUUCUUCUGUCAUCCUGUGUAAAGCCAUAACAGUCACCAACGUCCCAAGCUGACGAGGAGUAUGCAGGUCACACUCACAAAUCACAAUCCACCUCAAGGAGUAAGGCUUUUAAAAUUAUUUGGGGAAUCUUUGACAUAAUAAAAAUUAACAUCUACUCUUAACCUAUGGUUAAUUCUCAGUCUUGCCAAACUUGACAGUGAUGCAAAUCCACAGUAAUCUCAUGGAAGGAUUUGGACUUUUGGUAGCGGUUGCGGGUCGGGGUAUUUAUCAUCAUAUUGAAGACCCAUAGGCUUGAUUCCUAGGUGAUCAGUUCUAUAUAUUUUUUAUUCCCUUUGGGAUCUACAAAUCUACAUAUGAACUAGGACAAGUGGCUUCUCAUUUCAUGAAACUGAUUAUGGGGAAACCCUGGCAGAGAGAGCAGAUGAUUGCAAAUUUAUUCCCACUAUUGGAAAGAUAUUCCUGGGAAGAUGCCUAACAAACAGCUUGAGCUUUGCUUCAAAGACAAAUGAUCAGUGUAUCAACACACCCAUGUGUUGACUGUUCACCUGGCCUCAGGUGUGGCCUUCACACAGAGCAGCAGAGUCCUUCCUGGGAGCAUAUGGGAUUGAAUCAUGGAGAAGACAAACAGCCAGAAGAGAAUCCGAGGGAAAAAUAUGGUCUGUGACUUGGGUGAAUUUAUUUUCCUUUUUUUGUUGUCAUUGUUAUAGAAUAAAAGA